AAAUUACAUUAAAAAAAAAACGAUCGUUACGUUUCAAAAUACAAUCUGGCAUAAUACGGAACUGUUUCGUCGCAUGGGAAAGAAAAGUCGCGGGUGUAAGAUAGAAGAUAUGGAAGUCUAGAAAGCAAUGUAAAGGCGGCUUUACGUUGCACACCACCGGCAAGCCAGAAUUUAUUCCUAGAAUCGUAUUUAGUAAAGCCGGAUAAAGGCACUACAUUUUGCCGGAAGGCGCCCUUGUCGUCAAGUGCAGUAAUUACCCCGUGUUCUGUGGAAACAACCUCAUUCUAUGGGGACUCAAUACGAAAACUCACGAAAUAAAGGUUAUGUCUAAAAAUUUGUGGAGAAGAAUGAGAUGAUGAUCUUCAACGAUUUUCUAUUUAUUGUGCCCUUUAUGCUAGCAUAUAGUAAAGCAGAAUGGAACACCAAAGAUUUUAUGAAAAGGGAACAUUCAUUAAUGAAACCCUAUUAUGGUUCUGGUAUUGAUAUUCCCUUUUGGAAGUUUUUAGGAAAUGUAAUUAUUACGCCAAAUUAUAUACGAUUAACUCCAGACCUACAAAGUAAACGAGGAGCAAUUUGGAAUUCUGUGCCUGUAUCUGCUUUUAAUUGGGAAAUACAGAUACAGUUCAGUGUUCAUGGUAAAGGAAAAGAUUUAUUUGGAGAUGGGUUUGCAUUUUGGUAUACCAAGGAUCGGUUAAUUGAAGGUCCCGUUUUUGGAAGCAAAGAUAAUUUUACAGGUCUAGCAAUAAUUGCUGACACCUAUUCGAAUCACAAUGGUCCUCAUAAUCAUCAACAUCCAUAUAUUUCUGCUAUGGUAAACGAUGGCAGCUGGCAAUAUGAUCAUGAUCGUGAUGGUACACACACGCAAAUAGCUGGAUGUGAAGCAAAAUUUAGAAAUCUAAAACAUGAUACAUACCUUGCUAUAAGAUAUGAAAAUGAUGUUUUAACAGUUUCUACGGAUAUUGAAAAUAAGAAAGCUUGGAAAGAAUGUUUCAAAGUAGUAAAGGUACUGUUGCCUACAGAUUACUAUAUUGGAUUUUCAGCCGCCACUGGAGAUUUAUCAGAUAAUCAUGAUAUUAUAUCAGUCAGAUUCUUUGAGUUAGAUCUUCCAGAAAAUGUUCAGGCCAAUAAAGACAAAAGUAAUAUAAUUCCUUCUGCAGCUUUUUUUGAACCUCCACGGGAACACGUAGAUGACCCAAAACCCAGUACUCUGUCUGGGAUAAAACUGUUUUUGUUAAUGUUGGUUGUUAGUUUGGUAUUAGUAGCUUCUGUUGUUUUAGGCAUCAUUUUUUAUCAAAAACAACAGGAAAAGGGAAGAAAAAGAUUAUAUUAAUUAAUCAAGCUCCUUUAAAUGUAUAUUGAGUGAUGUUUUGUGUACAAAUCAUUUGAUAAAAAUUAUUGGCCUUCCUUUAAUUUUUAAAUACCAAAAUAAAUAAUUAAAUAUAGA